AUGCCGCCAAUCCCGUUGCCGAAUCGAGUCGUGUCGUCGCUCACUGUUGGUCUUGUCGGAACGGCUAGCAAGCUCUUUCUCAGUUUGGCAUGCACCACAAAGGUGUCCGGUCUGGAGCAUCUGUAUGAAGCAUGGAAGGAAGAGCACAGACAAGGAAAGGGUAUCAUAACUGUCGCCAAUCACAUCUCAGUGAUGGAUGAACCACUAAUGUGGGGUAUACUCCCCCUCCGCUCCUUUUUCCGCGACAGAACAUCGAGGUGGACUCUUGGUGCACAGGAUAUCAUGUACACCAACAAAUUACUUUCUUCUUUCUUCAAUAAUGGAAAAUGCGUCGAAACCGUGAGAGGCGCUGGCAUCUACCAAAGUGCCAUUGACUUCGCGAUACAGCGACUGGAUACGGGGGACUGGGUGCACCUCUUCCCUCAAGGCUUUGUGCGACAGGAAACGUUAGGCCCUCCUAUCAAGAGACUGAAGUGGGGAGUGGGACGAAUGCUCGCAGAGUGCAAGCAUACGCCGACAGUCAUUCCCAUAUGGAUCAAUGGAUUUGAACAGGUCAUGCCAGAAAAUAGAGGAUUCCCCAAGUUUCUCCCUCGCCCGGGCGCGAAUAUAUCCAUUUCCAUUGGUGACCCGACGAAUCUUACGAUGCAACUACACGAGCAAAGAAAAAAGUUGUGGACGGGUGACGAGUACUCGAAGAACAUUCACUCGUUUCACUCAGAAACGACGGCCAUCAUUGAAAGGGCGUUGGAUGAGCUGGGACAUAAAGCAGUUUCCUCUACAUAA